GAGAGAGAGUUUCUUUGUUGCAAAGAAAUGUAAAAGGUUUACAAAGAAUGAUUCACUCCCUGAUUCAUUGGAGAGGCUUCAUAUAGACUCUUCUUACAGCCGACUUAGCCUAAAACUACCAAAUGACUCAUCCUAAUCUAAGCUAUCCAGGUUUUACAUUCGUGGCCAUUAACAAGACCGUAUCACGAGUGCCCAUUAAAUGGGGCAUCGCGUCGAUCGUUGUCCCCCAGGAUUGAUUUAACUUCGCUACCUGGUGUUGAAUCUCUACCCGCUGUUACCUUCGUCGCUUUGGAGCUUAUCAAGAUUAUUCAUUGCUGUGUGGUGUCUUUUCUUUCGGAGCCGACUCCUUGGCCCUGCCUCCGUAAUCACCGCUAGGCGAAGAGGGGAACGCUGGAGGAAGAAAGGAACGCCACCAAGAGGCAGCAGCUGAUGAGCUGCUUCGCCAAGCUCAGGAAUUGCAUUUCACAGCAUCAGGAAGAUCGACAGCCGCAUCACUUGUCGCCGGAAACAGCUUCCCCUGCUCCUCCCCCCAUCGACUCCGCUGAGGACGAACAGUCUACGAGUUUUGCCUCCACGAGCGCGACCACAAGCGUCGUCUCGCCCACUCUCAACCUCGAUGUUGAGUACGUCCGGGCGCUCCAGACCGAAUCCUACAACGAGAUAUGGUCCAAGAUUCAGCAGCAUCAACAAGAAGACCAAUGCCAAUCUGUUUCUACCGCUGUUGAUCAAGCCCGGGGCACAGGGCCACCUCCGUCCACCUUGAUUUCCGCUGCCCACAUCCUCAAACCCGACCCAGACGCCAUCGUUGAGGCCAUCCGCAGCGCCGGUAGCCUCAGAGGGGUCACGUCCACGGCGACGCUCACACUCAUCUCCUCCUUCUUCCGGAGCAGUGAGCAGGCCUCCAGCCUUUGUAUCCUCCUACUCCACAGCGUCCGGAAAGCCAGGGCAAUUUACGCCUCCAUCUACGACGUCAUCGAUCUCCUUCCGAGCGAUUCGGACUCCGACGGGCACGCCGCCGCCUCGCAGCGGGACUUCAUAUCCGACCGGCUCCUUACCUUCGUCGAGAGCACAAACCCCUUCCCGUCCCCGCCCGAGGCCCCUAGCCUCCAGGAGAUGUACCUCUGCUUCUCCCAACUAAGGGGGCAGCUGGAUCUCUCACUUGGGCGAACCAAGCGGAAGCGCCGUUUGAUGAAGCGGCUCGAGAAGGGAUUGGCAUUUUGCCUGAUAGGAGCGACGGCGGCAGUCAUCGCUUCCGCUAUGGCGGUGGCAGCGCAUUCUCUCGUUGCCAUCGUCGCGGCGUUGAUGCCUCCCUUGAAUAGCUUGUUCUUCUUUCCGAAUGGGCGGUUGUUGAGCCCAAAAAUAGCUCAGCUUGAUGCGGCCGCAAAAGGCGCCUUCGCGCUCAGUAACAAUUUCAUCACCAUCGAUCGGCUAGUGUCCCGCCUGAGCGACAAUUUCAAGGACGACAAGUAUCGUAUCAAGAAGGCCCUGGAUGAAGCGGGCAGCAACGACGGCCGGUUUUACCCUUGCCUCAUCCACAAAGUGCUGAAGCUGAUAAGCAAGAACCGCUCUACCUUCCAGGAGCGUCUCAGCGACCUGGAAGAACACGUCUGCAUCUGUUUCGCAUCGCUCAACAGAACCAGGUCUGAUCUCCUCCGACAGAUCCUUCAAUGUCAAGAACAACCAACGCGACCAACCGCCACUUCUUGACGUUUCUGCUGCUGUUCAAGGUGUUGUUCCAUAAAGAUCGAAAAGAAAAAUUCUAACCGGAGAAGCGUCGAUAGCAGAAUGAGCCGUCGCUGUCGGCCGGGUUUCUGUUUGGCUUCAAUGCUCCGCUUUGCUGCUAUUUGGUGCCAAAAUAUUUACCUCUUAAACUCGUUUCCCUGGAGCUCUGGGAUAACCCUCUCGCUCACUCUCAAAAAUGGAGAUUAUAAUGAAAACGAUUGAAUGGCAAUGGAAGAGAUGACUUUACUCUCUCUCUCUCUCUCUCUCUCGUUCUCCAUUUGUGCUAUGGGAGGAAGCCACCCUGGUGGAUGGGGUUCGUCCGUCCAGAGGGGAAGAGAGAGAGCCUCCGUGCCCCUUCUCUUGUUCUUCCCUGUCUAUUGAGAGAAGGCGAAGGAUGGACUCUUUCAUUUGCUCCAUCCCUGCUCCUCCUAAUCGGAAAAAUUUCAUUUGCUUCAUCCCUAUUGGCAUACAAGCCUCAAAUUUUAAUAAAUUUUUAUUAACUAGGGGCUUUUGACUUAUAUUUAUGUUUCAUUAUAUAUUUUGUUGUAUGUUGACAAUGGUUGUUGAUUA